AUGUCGUUGAAAGUACUACCUAAGAACUCAAAAGUUGCUGUGUUAGGAGCAGGCAUCCUGGGACUUACGUUUACGUACUUCCUAAGUAAAUUACGAGCAGAUCUAAACUUUGAAAUAUUUGAGAAAUCCAAUCGACCUGGUGGAUGGAUGUCUCUGCCACGUCUUCAUGUUUCCGAUACCAAUGAGCCCGUCUUGUUGGAGAAGGGGCCACGAACAUUACGUGGAGUGAAGAAUGGAAGUUUAUUUAUGAUUGAUAUUUUACGAAGUUUAAACUUGCAAGACCAAGUGGAGGUUGUACAUAAAUCAAGUGAUGCUAAUCGCAAGUACAUAACUGAUGCCCAAGGUGAAAUUGUUCAAGUUCCCAAUUCGUUUAGAACAGCAGUUGAUUUCUUCAAACGUGUUCAAUGGGUUGAUGGAAAAUUGAUCAAAGGGUUGAUCAAGGAACCAUUUGUGAAACCAUUGGAUCAGGAUGAGACUGUGGAACAAUUUUUUAGAAGAAGAUUAGGCAGUACUGUGUUGACAGAUAAUGUUGCUAGUGCUAUCCUACAUGGAGUGUAUGCAGGUGAUAUUGGCAAAUUGAGUAUAAAAAGUGUAAUGCCAUUUUUAAAGGAUGUGGAGAACCAUUCGGGUUCAAUUGUGAAGCAUGUUUUGAAGUCAAUAAACAAGAAGAGGAAGAAGGAUGAGCCUGACUUGCCAGUAGAGUUGCAAUUAUACGAAAAAUUGAUUUCACCACAAGCGAAUUUACAAGCAUUGCAAAACGAUCUCAAAAUGUUUCCUAUGAUCAAGCUCAAAGAUGGGAUGGAAUCUUUACCAAAGCAUUUGGCUGAUUACUUAGUUAACAAUACGAAUACAAAAAUCCACUAUGGCACCCCAGUUGGACAAUGCGAUCCAAAAAAUGGACAGGUUAAUGGACAAUCAUUUGCUCAUAUCAGGAGUGCGAUCAAUACUCACUCAUUAUCUCAAUCUCUUCCACUGGGAAAUCCAUUAAUACCAGAACUAAAGUCGGUCCAAUAUGUUAGUAUUUUUUUGACUAAUGUGUACACCAAAAAGCCAAUUUUAUUGCCAAAAAAUAAAUCUGGAUUUGGAUUCUUGAGACCACGUCAUCUGAACAUUGACAAUAACCCACAAGCAUUACUUGGAAUCAUAUACGAUUCUGAUAUUGAAAAUAAUGUUCAAAGUCUAUUCACUGAAGAGAAAGUCACCCCCUGCGAAUACAACAAGAUAACUAUCAUGAUGGGAGGUCAUUAUUACAACAGUUGGAAUAUUCCUUCAAAUAAAUUAAACUUGAAGAUUGUGAAGGAUGUUUUGCAGGAAAAAUUGAAUGUGGAUUUAUCAAAGUAUACUGUCAAAAUCAUUGACGAAGGUGAAGAAUUAAAAGUAGACUCAAUCGGACCAAAUGAUAUCAUUUUAAGUUACUCCUUACACAAAGAUUGUAUCCCACAGUAUAAUUUAGGCUAUCAAGAGUUGAAAACAAAAGUGCUUGAUAUAUUGAAAAAGGAACAUUUUAAAUUAUCAUUUGGUGGAACUGUGUUUGCUGAAGGAAUUGGUGUUCCUGAUUGCGUUAGUAACUCAUUCACUGAUGCCGUCAAGUUAAUGUAG